AUGGAUGGCGUGACAAAUGCGACGCAGUGCCGCGGGACAACCCUUCACAUUCUGGAGAGCAACCCCCUUCAAGUUCUCCUCUACAUGUUGGUCGUGUUGGACGCUGGUGUUGUCAUCGCCGAAAUCUUGCUGGAUCUCCAUGCCAUCAAAAGUCAGAACAAGCAAGCCACAGUGGACUUUGAGAAGGCCAUCAACUUCAUAACGGAAAUAUUCUCAACCGAGCUGGACCAGUACAACGGCAAUAAUAUAGAUUACAUACUCGAUAAACUUACCGUACCGACAUACCGAGCACAUUACCAAGAUCAAGACAUUUCUUCCAACUCAAACAUAUUCACGACAGCCACGGCAGCCACGGCAGCCACGACAGCCACGACAGCCACAACAGCAACGACAGCCACGGCAGCAACGACAGCCACGGCAGCAACGAUGACAACAACGAUGGCAACAUCUACAUUGCCGACAGAAAGUAGCAUAGUUUAUGCAUUAAAGAGAAAGAAUUUAGAACAAAAUCGAUAUGAACCGACGUUAAUUUAUCGACAAGAAGCCUCUGAUUAUUACGCCAGUGAUGACGUCACUGAUGUUGAUGAUGACUUUAAUGACAGCAAUGAUUCACAUGAUGAUAAUUCUGAUGACGAUGAUGAUGAGGAUGACAGCAGCGGUAUGGUGAUAAGCGUCAGAAAUAAACUCAACCACAAAUCUCACAUUUCGUCGCAUUUUCAAAAUGAAAAAAUCUCUCAAAAGCGAAAUUUACCACAACAAAAACAGGCGAAAGUUAGCGAGCAUCAACAGCAAAACCAUCGGAAGAGAAAAUCAAGAAACCAGCAAAAACGCGAAAAUCAACAACAACAACAACGACGUCAAAAACAACAACAACAAGAAAACCAGCAACAGCGCGAAUCGCAAAAUAGAUUCGACCGGUCGAUAUUAAAUGAUCGAUUCAAAUACGGUUCCACGAUAAGUAAGAAUCUAAUUUGUUUCCCUCUUCUCAACUAUAAAAAGCAUCACCACCAUUCAAAAAGCAAGGUAUAUAACAAAGAUGAAGAUGGCAAAAAAGAAGAUGAAGAUGAUGAUGAAGAUGAGGAUGAGGAUGGUAGAAGUGAUACCAGUGGCGACAAAAUAAUAAAGAAAGAUAAUAUAGAGAGAGAGGAAGAAAAAGAUUCAGCUGGCUUACAUGAAGGAUUUGCUCGUAAAAACAACCAAAAGAGAAGCACACAAAAACGAUUAACAAGACAUGCAGACGACAAAAUCAACAGCAACAACAACGGCAACGUCAAUCUCAACUACAACAACAAAAACAAAAAAAGCAUUAAGAGCAUUAACAAUAAAAGAAGCAACAACAAUAUCGGCAAAAUAAUCAAGACUGAUAAACCGAUUAUAAAAAACAUUGAAACCAAACGCGGCUCCAUUAACAAUAUAAUUAACAACAACUACAACAACCACAACAACCACAGAAUGAAGAACAAACUGAAACACUAUAUAAGUAACGACGGUGAACACGCGUUGGACAUAACCAAUCCAUUAUUUUUCAACAUCAACAAAGAAGGGUUGGUGAAAAUUCUACAAAAAACGAAUAAAAACAAAAAAAGAGAUAAAAUUAACAUUAAAAAGAGUGCUCAUAACCACAACAGCAACAAAAAUUCAUCUGAAUACAACAAUAACAAUAAUAACAUCAACAACAAUAACAUCAACACCCAUAACUUCAUUAACAAAAAUGACCAAAACAUUAAUCAAUUCAAGACAACAACUGCUGUGGUUGGUCUAACAUCUAAAAAUUACAACAACAACCGCAACAACAUGAACAACAACAACAUCAUUAAAAACAACGACAACGACAUCCACAAUAACAUCAACCACAACAAUAAAAACAUUAAUAAAAAUAUCGAAAAUGAUUAUAGCCACGCGAUAAAACUUAAUAAAAACAGCAAUAAAAACAACAUCAAUAACAUCAAUAAUAAUUUUGACGCUAACAAAAGCAAUAACAUUAAUGGUAAUAACAAUUACGAUUACGAUGAUGGCGAUGAUGAAAAUGAUGACGUCAUUAAGGGUGGGUAUGACGUUGGGAGUGACGGUGAUUUUGCUGAAAUGAUGAUGAGCCUAGCAAAAUCUCCUGGUGAUACUGUAUAUAACACAUCCAAACCAAAUUAUAAUAAUUUACCCAAAAUUAAUAUUCAUCAUACUGAUGACGUCAUCAGCAUUGAUGAGAGUAUUAAGAACAACACAAAUUUAAGUAAUGAUAAGGAUGCUGAUUAUGAUAACGAUGUCAGUCGUAAUGAUUAUGAUGAUGCUGGCGGAUAUGAUAAUGAUGGAGAAAAAAUUUAUUCAUCUAAGACGGCAUUCACGACUCUGUUAUCACCGCAGACGUUAGAAUUUGAUAAAAAAAGAACAACCACCGCAACCUCUACUACCACUACUACUCCUACUACUACUACUACUACUACUACUACUUUGACUAGUACUAUAACUGAUACUAUUUUUAAUGCACAUACUAAUACUGCUACUACUACUACUACAACAACAGCUGCAACUGAUGUUGCUGCUGCUGCUACUACUACUACUGUUGCUGAUCACUCAGCUAAAUCAAGCAACACUGUCACUGAUAAAGAUGUGAUAACAUCAUCGCAGCUGCCAAACUUGACAACUUCAUUAUCGUCAUCGUCGUCAUGGUCAUCGUCAACAUUGUCAUUGUUAUUAUUACCACAAUUCUCUUUACCUUCUUCUCCUCUAUCAUCAUCAUUACCAUCAUUGCCACCAUCAUUACCGCCAUCAGCCUCCUCCUCUCAAUCGUUAUCAGGAAUUUCGUAUAAUGAAAACCAACAUGACCAUAUUAAAAUAAGCAGUGACCAGAUUUACAACAAUAUCAACAAUAAUGAUAAUGACAACAACAACAACAUUAACAACGACAACAACAACGAUAAUAAUAAUAAUAAUAAGAAUAAUAACGACAACAACAGUACGAGAAGCAGGUUGAGCUACGAAAAAAUUAAAUCAUACCGUCAUAAAUACAUUGAAACAGGUGGCCUCAACAACAUCAACAACAACAACAACAAUAAGACAUCCAUCAAGUUCUGCAAGACAGCCCACAACAAAAUAACUACCAACAUCAACCACAACUACGAUUACAAUGACCACAGAAGCAACAGCAGCAGCAACCACAGCAGCAGCAACAGUAGCGACUGCAUCAACGACGACUACUACAAAAAAAACGCAUACGCCGAGAACCUACUGAAAAUCGCCCACAUCUUGCAUUACAUCGGCAUUGGAAUACUGGCUAGUUUUGUUGUCCAGGUUCUUCUGAAGAUGUAUGGAAUGGGCGCCAAUUUUUGGAAAAAGAAGCUUGAGAAACGCGGUCAGACUCGGAAAACAUUCAAUAAACUUAAUUCCAUUCCUUGGAGUUUGCACAAAGUUUCCAAAUGCUUUUUUACUUUCAUUUGUUUUUGUUCAGUUGAGUCUGAUUAUGCAGCGUCUGGCAUGUGGGAUUUCGUGCUGUAG